UGUCAGCUCAGCCCACUGCGGCCUCAUCCCCCCUCACUCCUCCCACCAGUGCGUGGUGCCUCUUAACCCCCGGGAACCUCCCUCCCGCGAAGCAUUGUCCACUUUGCAGAACACGAGUUGAUGACGAAAAAAAUACUUCUCGGCCGCGGCCAGCCAUGAGCUGUUUGGAUGUUAUGUACCAAGUCUACGGUCCUCCCCAGCCCUACUUCGCAGCAGCCUACAGCCCCUAUCACCAGAAACUCGCCUUUUACUCCAAAAUGCAAGAAGCCCCGGAGAGCGGCAGCAGCGCCAGCGCCAGCAGCUCCUUCUCCAGCCACCCUGCGGCCAGCAUCAAGGAGGAGGACUGUAGCCCCGAGAAGGAGCGACCCCCCGAGGCCGAGUACAUCAGCUCCCGCUGUGUCCUCUUCACCUACUUCCAGGGGGACAUCAGCGCCGUGGUGGACGAGCACUUCAGCCGGGCGCUCAGCCAGCCCAGCAGCUUCUCCCUCGGCAGCUCGAAGGCGACGCGGAACGCCGGCUCCUGGCGGGAUGGCUCCUUCCCAAUGAGCCAGCGCAUCUUCCCGCCGUCCUUCUGGAACAGCACGUACCAGCCCUCCUCAGUCCCAGCCAGCCUGAGCAGCCCCCUGGCAGCUGCUGCCCACAGUGAGCUGCCCUUCGCCACCACCACCGACCCCUACGCACCCGCCUCCCUGCACGGCCACCUGCACCAGGGUGGCCCUGAGCCCUGGCACCAUGCCCACCACCACCACCACCACCACCACCCCUACAUUGGGACACAGAGUACUGCCUACCCUCGACCCGCCACCAUGCACGAAGUCUACGGGCCCCACUUUGACCCCCGCUAUGGCUCCCUUCUGGUGCCCACUGCCUCCGUCCGCCCCCACCGCCUCACCCCCGCCUCCGUGUCCACUCCAGUCAGUCCCCCCUGUGAACUGGGCAAGAGCGAAGCGGGCGCUGCUGCAGCCUGGACGACACCGGGCCCUUUCCCCAGUGCAGCAGGAGACAUGGCACAAAGCAUCAGCCUCAAUGUUGACACAGGACGAAGCAGCCCUAAAGGUCACUGCUUGGCCCCCUCCACAUUUUUUUUUUCUUCUCUCCGUUCUCAGGUUUGCAGACUCAGGAUAAAAGCAAGGAUCUGUACUGGUUUUAGAGCUGUCCUUCACUCUUCUUCCCCUGGCUAUCCCCUGUAGCUCUCUGCCUGUUAGGCAUGGUGGCAUUCAGAGCUGAAAGCGGGUCAGUUUGUAACAGCUUCUGAUCUUGGUUUGCAGCUCGCCGUUACUCCUUCUGUGGUGGAUCCCUUCUGAGCUGAUGUGCUGACUCAAAGACUCUCAGAUUCCCCCCUGCCCUUUUCCAAGCCCACCGGGGCCCCGCAGUUCUGGUAAAGACAACGGGAUUUAAAAGGACCUGGCAUUGCAAGGGUGAUACUUUAGAUUUGUUUCAGAAAGGAAAAUCCUUCUGAUGCAAGAGGAGAGCCAAAGACAUUGAACUUCCAUUUAAGCAGACCCCACACUGAGACCUGAAUUCAGACUACUCUAAAAGAGUCAAAUGACAUCAUGGAUGGUGAUGCAAAAUGACUGGCCUUCAUACAAGGAGCAGAGAAAAUUGUGGGGGUUCUUUUUUAGUGGUGUGAAUAUUUUUUUAUGGCAGUGAAAGUUAUUUCUUGAAUGCAAACAUGGGAAAGCUACUUAGCAGCUUGGAACUGGAUUUUUACUUUAUAGAAAAGUAAAAGGAGAAGAAACUGGAAUUCACAAACAUUUUCAGACUGUCAAGGAACUGGUCAGAUUUUUCAGCUUUGUGAUUGUGAGUGGCAAGUGUCUGGCUGGGGCCACCUGCCCUGGGCUUAUAGAUAUGCAGCUGUUCUGCUCACAACUGCUCAAAUCCCAGAAAGAUGAAAACCAAGGUGGCACUUCUUAGAGUUUGGCACAACAUUUGCAUUGGAUGUAUAACAGUUGUUUGGCUGGGGGAACGGGGUGGUGUUUGGUUUUUUUGUUGUUGUUGUUGGGGUUUUUUUUGUGUUCUGUUUUUGGUUUGUUUUUUUUUUACAAUAAACAUUUUCUGGUGAAAGUAAAACCCCCUUAAAGCAGGGGGAGAAUGGAGUCUGGAGAAGAAUGGCUCAUCUUCAAUCCAACAACCUUUAAAGGGAAUACCAGAAUGAAAAGCAUGUGAUGGACAAUAGGUCCAAGUUGCUUCUAACACUUCUCUUUGUCCACUUGUUGCUGUCAUUUUGUCACUUUAGUAGCUGUUUUGGUUUUUUUAAAAGAGGGAAUAAGAUAGCUAUUUAACAGUAGGAAAGCUAUAUUAAAGGUAUCUCCUUCUUUCACCAUGUGUACUUUUAUGCAGAAUUAAGCUAAAUAAGAGAAAUGAGGCAAACUGGAAACUUCAGGAUGAAAAAGAAAAAGGAUUUCUCACAUGGAUGAAGAGAGUUAUUUUAUUAUUUUGUGUUAAAGAUAAAUAGAAAUCCUAACAGUCGAAAAUAUUUUCUUAGUGAGUAAAAUAUACAUCGAUAAAUACAAAAGACAAAAAAUGAGAGACUAUUGCAGUGCUACAUUUUAGUGUGUGGUGUAUCUGUAGGAUCUGUAAGGGGCUUUCCAUAGUAGCAGAUAUUUUUCCAUGAAGCUGCUAGAAGAGGGGACUAUAGCAUUUAGCGUUGCUAUUGCACUGGUAAAUUAAAAUGUUAUUAUCGAGUGAUGAAUAAUUAAUGAAACAGGGCAGAAAUAGAGAUUACCCUAUACUUAAAAGCUGACUUUUUUACAGGCAAAACAUUUGAUUUGAACAC